GGGCUUGGUGCCGCACUGAGGGAGGUGCGCGAGGGACCGGCGGAGCUCGGACGGGGCUCGGUUGCUCCCGCUGGAUCCGAGAGCGUUUCCCGGGACGAGGAAACCGGGAAGAGCGAGCGGAUGAGCGAGGACAUCCGGAUCCAUUCGUGGCCUUGCUCCUAUUACCUGGACAGCGGCAAACAAUGGAUUCCCGGGAAGCUCUCCCUGACUCCCGUUUCCAUCCGAUUCACGGCUGACAAAAGCGGGGAGCUCCUGGUGGAUUUCCGACUUUCCGGGAUCAGCGAAAUCAAGAAGGAAUUUUCCCAUUUCGUCUUCAGCUCCUUGACGAUCCUGGAGAAGAGCAGCAAGCACUGGUUCAGUUCCCUGCAUCCCAACAGGAAUGUGGUUUUCAAUAUCCUGGAGCAUUUCUGGAGGGAGCAGCUGCUCUCCGAGGCCGGGGCGGGAGCGGCGUUGGAAUACGGCAAAGGGAAGGAAUUAACGGGAAUGUUGGAGGGAUCCCAGAAACGCCUGCAGGACACGGCCCAGGUGCUGCAUUCCCAAGGGGAACAGUUCAAUUCCAUCAUGAGGGGACUCCACAAAAUCGAGGGGGACAUGGAUGUGGCCGACAGGCUGUUGACGGAGCUGGAAUCUCCUUCCUGGUGGCCCUUCAGCAUCAAACUCUGGAAAAACCCUUUGGAAGCGAAACCGAAGGAAAACCCUGCUCCUCCCGAUCCCAAAAUCCAGGAAGGAAUCCUGCUGAGAAUUCCCGUCAUCAUCACCCACGGGCCAGAUUCCAACGCCAAACCUGGAAAACUCACCGUGCUUUCAUCCGGCUUGGAAAUCAGGGAUUGCAAUUCCCAACUCGUGCAGCGCUUCCAAUCGCGGGAUGUGGAUGAAAUCCGCGUGCACACUCCGUACGAGAUCAGCGUCCGGCAGAGAUUCAUCGGGAAACCCGACAUUUCCUGCCGCCUCCUGGCGGCGCGCAUGCCGGAGGCCAUUCCCAUCCUGGAGAUGCAGUUCAGCAGGAAAAUCCAGUUCUUGGAGGAUGCGCUGGGAUUUGCCGGAGCCGGGAAAUCUCCCCAGGCGGAUUUCUGGCGGGCAGGCGGCGGAUUCCCGGGAGCGGCGGCGAAUCCCGGAAUUCCGGCGGGAAGCUCCGAAGGGCAGGAGCAGCGGCAGCUGACAAAGGUUUCCCAGGAAGAGGUGAAGGAGAUCCGAGAGGUAAAAAUUGGGGUGGAAUUUCCGGAUAGGAAUUGUUGAAUUGAUUUAAUUAAUUUGAGAAUUAAUGAAUUUUUAAUGGAAUCGAUUCCAUGGAUUUAAUUAAUUAGGAAUUGUUCCUUCAAAUAUUCCUGGAAAUCCAUUUCUGUGUGAAUAUUCAAAAUAUUCCUCAAGCCUGGGAUAAAAAUUCCCGGA